CACAAUGCAGAGCGCAUGGCGCGUCAUUGGAGAGGGACGGCGAUGAUGGCGGCGGUCGGUGCACCAGAAGUGAUCACACAGCUGGAAAGCGCUGCCAAAGUUUUAAUGGCACCGCCGUCCAUGGUCAGCACCGAACAGAGACAGCAUGCUGAACAUAUAUUCCUCUCCUUCAGGAAAUCCAAAUCCCUUUUGCCAUCUGCAAACACAUCCUAGAGACCAGUAAGGUGGACUACGUGCUGUUCCAGGCGGCCACGGCCAUCAUGGAGGCGGUGGUGCGGGAGUGGAUCCUGCUGGAGAAGAGCAGCAUUGAGUCGCUCCGGGCCUUUCUCCUCACCUACGUCUUACAAAGACCCAAUCUCCAGAAGUACGUCCGUGAGCAGAUCCUUCUGGCGGUGGCGGUCAUCGUGAAGAGGGGCUCACUAGACAAAAGCAUCAACUGCAAAAGCAUCUUUCACGAGGUCGGACAGCUCAUCAGCAGCGGAAACACCACAGUGCAAACACUGGCCUGCUCCAUCUUGACGGCUCUGCUCAGCGAGUUCUCCAGCUCCAGUAAGACCAGCAGCAUCGGCCUCAGCAUGGAGUUUCACGGCAGCUGCAAGCGUCUGUUCCAGGAGGAGGGCCUGCAUCAGAUCUUCAUGUUGACCAUGGAGGUGCUGCAGGAGUUCAGCCGCAGAGAAAACCUUAACGCCCAGAUGUCGUCGGUCUUCCAGCGCUACCUCGCUCUGGCCAACCAGGUCCUCUGCUGGAACUUCCUGCCACCCAAUCAUAUCCUUUCUUUGUCAGAGGCUGAUGUGGAGUCUUACGCCUGGAAA